AUGUCAUACGAUCAAGAGUCGAUUUCGCUUGCCAUUAUGUUUGCAACUAAGUUUAUGGGGUACCUCGAGCUUCGAACUUUACAGGAACAGGUAGUGAAACACUUCGUUGGAGGUAGAGAUGUUUUUGUGUCCUUUCCCAGCGGCGGUGGCAAGUCGCAGUGUUACGCUAUCCUACCGCUUGUGUUUGAUUUCUUGCAAAAGAAAGAACGAGAGAAACAGUCACUAGUUAUUGUGGUGAGUCCUUUGAUUGCGCUAAUAAAAGAUCAAGUUAGAUCGCUUCGCGACCACAACGUGAGCGCCGUCUACGUGAAUGAAGAAGACCAAUUCAGUGCUGUCGCCGAUAUGAAGUACCAACUAAUUUUUAUGAGUCUUGAAACUAUGCUAAGACGUUGGGGGGUGCGGGAUAUGUUGCUGAGCCACGUCUUUCAAGAAAAUCUGGUGGCUGUUGCAAUUGAUGAAGCUCACUGUGUGAAAAAAUGUUUGAUUCCUAGAGGAGUAAACAUGAUGGCACUAACAGCAACAGCCACUGUAACCACACGUAAAGCAAUAUGUAAGACUCUUGGCAUGCUGGACUCAGUUGUUGUAGCUGAAUCACCCAACAAGCCCAAUAUCAAAUAUUCUGUUCAGCAUAAUCCAGGCACUUUAGAAGAGACAUUUGCUCCUCUUGUUGAGAAAAUACGCUCCCAUCGCCAAUCAUUACCACGAUCAAUCAUCUUUUGUCGUAGCUAUGACUCUUGUUCUUCAAUUUAUUUGUUUAUGAAGAGUCGACUUGGAAGAGAGAUGACUGAGCCAAUGGGGACACCUGACUUGCCUAGGUUUCGCCUGAAAGAUAUGUUUACUUGGUGCACACGUCUAGAUAUCAAGGAGUCAAUUAUUGGAUCAUUUUGUGACCCCCAUAGGCAGUUGCGAGUGGUCAUCUCCACUGUAGCUUUUGGAAUGGGUCUUGAUUGUCCUAAUGUAGGUGCAGUUAUAAACUGGGUGCUUGCUGAAGAUGCUGAGCUGUAUCUGCAAGAAACUGGACGUGCAGGUCGAGAUGGAUUACCAGCAAAUGCAGUUUUGUAUCAUGGUGGUCCUGAUCUGAUUACUCGAAAUGUGUAUAAAGAUAUAAAAGAUUAUUGUGGAAACAAAGACAUCUGUAGAAGGAGGUUGUUGCUGGGGCUUUUUCACAGUUCAGAAGAAAUAGGAACUAGUCCUCAGUUUCCAUGUUGUGAUGUAUGUGAUUUGCUGUGA